AAUACCAUUUCAGAUACCAAAUCAGAGCUGCACAUGAAUUAAGAUUCGAUAACUGCGCCAGCUGACUAUACUUUUGGAAGAGAUCUGUAUAUAACGUUCCAUACUUGUGCUGUCGAAUAACACAUUCUGACCAUAUUUUCAUCAACAAUGUUUUUCAACUUCCAAUAACAACAAAGACGACAAUUAAAAUGGCUCUAGUAAAGUUUACUGGAAAACUAAUUAAAACGGACGUGACCGCUAUAAAACUCCUCGAAAACCACUUAUUAUGCGGAAUUGGAGCUUUUCUACAUGUGUACAGUAUAGAUGAAACGGCUUCAUCAUUAUUGCAUAAAUUAAGAGUGUUUAAUGGAGUCAGGAUAUAUGGAAUACAAUUGAGUGAAAGUGGCAAUAAAGUGUUAUUGCAUGCAGAGAACCAGAUUAAAGUGUAUUCAAUGGAUUUGAAGAGUUUGGAAUUUAAGGAAAUUGCUUGUGUGGAGAGCAGCGAUUGGGUUUUAAGAGCUAAAUGGAUUGAUUCUGAUGAGAAUAUAGUUGCUAUCUCAAUGCACAAUGUAAUUGAAUACUACACAAAAGAUUUGGAAUUGAAGAAAUCAAUAGUUUGCGAGGAAAGAUGCAUUUUGUACUGUGCAAAUCUUAGUUACAACAGAUGGGAGGAUUUGGUUGUGUUAUCUGGGACUGUUUUCUCUGAAGUCCUGAUUUGGAAACCGAGCUUUGAUGAAGGGGCUGAGUUGUGCAAAGUUUUGAGAAGAUUGACUGGGCAUAAUGGAGUUCUAUUCUCGAUACACCAUGUGCCUGGAAUGGAAUUAAUAUGCACGACGUCGGACGAUCGUUCGGUGAUUUUGUGGCAAUUCGAUGGGGAAUUGCAGGAUGUUUUAAAAACGAACGAAGAGAUCAGAUUGAAGAAGAGAAUGUACGGGCACAAGGCGCGCGUGUUCGGAUGUCAACUGUUAACUAAUCAUGUGGUUUCGAUAGGUGAGGACGGCUUCCUGAUUGUAUGGGAUUUGAAUGGAAAUCUGUUGAGAAAGAUCGAGGCUCAUCAGAACGGACGAAUUUGGUCCGUUGAUUGCAGCGAAGAGAGGAACAUGAUCGUUACAGGUGGAGGAGAUUCUGGAGUGAUAGUUUUUCCCAUAAAACCGUUGAUGAUGAUCGAUCAUCUGGAAUUCCAAGAGAAAGCUACACCGAAGCACUUGGUUCUCUUGGAGAACAACGAUAUCGUGUUAAUUACAGAUAAGGGAUGUGUUUAUCAAAUGAAUUCCGAAUCAGAUUGGUGUCGAUUGAUGUGGACUUUCGAGGAAUUCGAGAGCUAUUCGCUUCUGGAAGUCUCCAGUUGCAGAAAAAUGAUCGCCUUGGCUGGUUUCAAAGGAGUCAUCCGCGUCAUAACAUUGAACGAAUCCAAUGGAAAAUUGGAGCUAACCGCUUAUCAUCGAGGAAUUGAGAAGGAUAGGACGUACUCGUUGCAUUGGCUCAACUGCAAGCACAUUUUAACCUGCGGCAUUGACGGUUUAUUGUAUCUAUGGAGGAUCGAAAAUGGGGCUCUGAUACUCUUGCAUAUAUCGCAAUUACCGAAAAUCAAAGAGAGAUGGUCAACGGCUGCUUGCCUUUGUGGAAAAGGUAUAGCGGUUGGAGACAGAAAAGGCAACUUGCAUUACUACGAUCUUCACGAUCUCAAUCCUAUGCAGACCUUCAAACGCACUCACAAUCAUUUAGGAAUCACCAAUUUACACUACGAUAGUACUUCAGGUAUACUCACAACACUCGGAAGAAAUUCUAGAGUUUGCAAGUUUAAGCUUGAUUCGCACACCAGGCAAUUGGAGUUGCUGACUAGCGAUAAAUUACCAUUCACGUGGUUAUGCUCAAUGGUCCAAGAGAAACGCAUAAUCACAGCGUUUUCAGGAAACGAUUUCGUCCUUUGGGACUACAAAACUAGACGUGUCGUAUUGCAAUUGGGCUGCGGCGGAGGUCACAGGUCGUGGGACUUCAAUCCAAAGCACAGCAAAUUCGAAUACGUCUACAUCAAGAAUAAAACGAUAAAUGUGAUUAAAUCAGAAUGGAGUUGUAUCAAUUCUCGCGAUAUAAUCAAAGGUUUUCAUGUGAACGAAAUAAAUUCGUUGAGAUGUUUGAAACGCGAUGGAUGCAUUUACUCUUUGAGCGGCGGCGAAGACACCACUCUGAGGAUUGCCAAAUACGAUGGACAAAACUUUGAGAACAUCGACGUGCUGAAGUCGCAUCUAUCAAGCAUUAGAUGCUUAAACUUGUACCAGCUCGAGGAUGAAUCGAAAUGUUUCCUGUUUUCUGCAGGAGGAAGAGGACAGAUCAUCCUUUGGCAAUUGGAUUUCAACAAGGAGAACAUCUGCAACCAACUCUUCUCUUAUUACGAGGCCGACAGCAAUUUGUCUGAAGUGCGGGUCAUGGAUUUGUGCUCCGCGAAGAUAAACGAUGAAGUUUUGCUGUUCGCUGCCUGUUCAGAUGGUAAAAUCAAGAUCUACUCUAUGCAAAACGACGAGUUGAAGCUUGCGAAAACCUUGGAAUACAAACUGAAGUGUAUUCUUAAGGUCACGCUGUUAACAUACGAAGAUGAAACAAUUGUUGUUUCCAUGGCUACGGAUGGUUAUUUGGUGUUUUGGGACUUGAAGACUGGAUACAAGUUCGGUGAAAUUAAAGCACAUAUUUCGGGUAUAAACAGUUUCGCUUUUAGAAAGAUGAAUGAAGACAUCUUCCUGUUUUUAACCGGAGGAGACGAUAACGCUCUGACGAUGAAUCUUUUUAAAAUUGUUAGGAACGAAAAUGAGUUGGGUUUGGAAACGAUUUCCGAUUACUCCAAUGAUGGAACUCAUGUGGCGCAAGUGAGUGGAGUUUACUUGGACGAGGAAUACUUUAUGGCAACGUCUUUGGACCAGAAGCUUACCAUCUUUAAGUAUGAUAUAUUGAAUGGUACAAUUUUGGUACGGUACGCGGGUGUUUAUAACUCAACCAUUUCAGAUGCUAAAGGCAUCGAAGUUUUCAGGAGUGAAAAAUCGUUGGAAAUUGUUUUAUACGGAUUGGGAAUAGAAAUAAUUAAUUGUAAUUUAUCUGUGUAG